UGGUGUCGAGUCAAAUUUUCGCUGCAAAAAGAAACCGGACGAGGGUUUAUCAACAGUGGGAACAAUUCAGACAGAUUCAGAAUAUCUAGAAAUCUAGAAGAAUUAGCUGGCAAUUGAGAUGACUGAAGUUGUAUGUACAUAUUUAUUGUGAUAUAGAGAAAUAGAAGAAAAGGAGUGGGCCCUUUGCUAACUAAUAGUGGAUAGAUACAACCUAAGAAAGUCGUGUAUUGUGGUAUUUGUUCAUUGCCUUGCGACUACUGUGAGUUUGGUGGAUCAUUUCCGCAGUGCAAGAACUGGAUGGUGAACAAUAACCAUUCAGAUUUAUAUGAAAAAUACUAUGUGAAUAACCAAUCGUCUCUAUCGGUUGAAAAACAACAAGCUUUGGAGAAAGAUUUACAAAAAUUAGAGAUCAAAGAGGCGAAGAAGGCUCAAAGAAUCUUGGAGAAAAAACUAUCCUCGAAAAUCAUAAUUAAAAAAAUUGAACGAACUAAGAGAAAGAAAGUUGUCUCAAUUUCAGGGUUGGAAGUGUUUGAAAUCGAUAUCAAGAAGUUGUCCAAAACGUUUUCAAGUAAGUUCGCAACCGGAUGCAGCGUCGUUAAAAAUGCAGAGAAAAAAGACGAUAUUGUUAUUCAAGGAGACUUGGGAGAUGAGUGUGAAGAGUAUAUCUUGAAGCUAUUGAAGGAAAAGGGGCUAACAGACAUCCAAGUGGAGCAGAUUGAAGAAAAGAAGAAGAAGAAACAACAGCAACCACUCAAAUAAGCUGUGAAUGAUCACCAGUGAAUGGUUUUGUAUUCCACAGCACUCAAGACAUUAAACCGGUAAAUAGAUAUGAAUGAACAUAACAAGAACCAUGUUUGUGGAACAACAAAGUCUAAGCGGCACCAAUGACUUUUUGCAGCUAUAUGCGCAUACGUGCUGGUAGUUGUAGUGAAUCGCGUUAUAAUACAUCAAAUGUCUCACUGAGUUCCGAGCUAGAAAUCCGGUUGCGCCAAUGCUCGGUUUCUGGAAUAAAUACAAAUUUUAUUUAUAGCUCUUGGAAAAUGCCCAUUA